AUGUCUCGGCAAUUGCUCUGUUCUGCGGUGCUGCUCCUCUUCCUGCUGCAUAUCAGCAGCGGCAGUGGCGUUGCGCACGCUGAGCAUGAGGAGAAACCAAAGGCAGUGCAACUGCCACAGGGGAUCGAGCUUUUCGUGCCAAAGAAGACAAAGGUGGAAAAGGAGGGCGCCGCUGGGCCGAAGGAUUCCUUCACCUCGCCUUCUCUCGUCCGUGUCGGUGGGGUAAUGGUUGCGUUCGCCGAAGCUCACCUCAAGUUUGAUGACCCCCAUAAGCAAGCAACGUGGCUUUCGUUUUCUGAUGGUGUGGCAGGGUACAUCAACGCCGCGGAGGGCUUUUCUUCCUUUGCCUCUGAGGUGGGUAAGCCGACAUGGAAGGCAUACACCGUCUUUGGAAGAAAGAGCAAGGUGGAUCAUGUGGGCGUCGUGUCCCGACCCGAAGCAGUUGUAAAGGGCAACAAGGUCUUCCUCCUUAUUGAAAGCUAUGAGAUGAUCUUCGAGAAGACUGAGGAUUACUGGCGGGGAGACAAUAGUGGGCUGGAUUUGGUGGUGGGUGAGGCAGCGCAGCCCAAGGGCGGCAGUCAAGGUGAAAUGGUCAAGUGGGACCCACCCAUCUCGCUGCUCUCGCAGGCCCUCAAAGCCGGUAAAGAGAAAGGCCUGAACGACUUAUGGAGUGGCGGUGGUGCAGGCGUUGUGAUGGACGACGGCACGAUUGUGUUUUCUCUGGUGGCGCGCAAGGAGGAAGGGGACUUUGUCUCCACUGUCAUUUAUUCGAAGGACGGCAAAACUUGGACGCUUGCAAAGGGGACGUCCCCUGAGGGCUGCGCUGAGCCCCGCAUCGUCGAGUGGGAAAAGGGGCAACUUGUGAUGGUUGCUACUUGUAUGCGUGCGCACAAGGUGUUCGAGUCGAGGGACAUGGGAGCAACGUGGAAGGAUGCCGUCGGGGCAAUCUCACGCGUGCGGAGCGAUUUUAUAUUGGACCCUUCGCAACGAGAUCGGCGUGUGAGUUCCCUCAUCACCGCGACCAUUGCUGGGACGAAGGUCAUGCUGUACACUCAGCAAGAGCACUCGUUCGAGGAGGCGAGGGCAAAGGAACUCUUCCUUUGGGCCACUGACAACAAACGCGCAUUUCAUGUCGGCCCAAUUUCCGUCGACGCCGAUUUGUAUCCGCCGUUCGCCAACGCCCUGCUGCACUCGAAUGAUGAAUUGUACCUUUUGCAAGAGAAGGGACAUGGGGGGAGCAGGAGCCUGGUUCUUGUCUCCCUGACGGAGGAGCUGAAAAAGAUCAAGUCCGUCUUGACGGCUUGGGCAAAGCUGGACGCCGCCUUCUCCAAGUUGUCUGUGCCCACGGCCAAUCUGGUUGGGCUUUUGACUGACGUGUCGAGUGAUGAAACGUGGGUUGACGAGUACCUUUGCUUGAACGCCACCGUGACGGAAGGAACUAAGGUCAAAAAUGGCUUUGAGUUCGCUGGGCCCGACUCCCACGCCGUGUGGCCCGUGAACACGUGGGACUACGGUUAUUUGUACGGCUUUGUGAAUUACGGGUUCGCGAUUGUGGCGACGGUGAAGAUUACCCAGGUUCCGAGGGAGAGCGUUUCUCUGCUGGGAGCGAGGCUGGAGGACGACAAAAGCACGGUGCUGGUGGGGCUGUCGUACAACAAGGAGAAACAGUGGGAGACUGUCUUCAACGGCGCGAAGGCGGCGAAGGGCACGUGGGAGCCGGGGAAGGAGUACAAGGUGGCGCUCAUGCUGCAGGGCAACAAUGGCUCCGUGUACGUGGACGGCAAGCUGGUGGGGAGUUCCGACGCGAUACCGACGCCCGAGAAGCGGCCACACGAAAUCUCGCACUUCCACUUUGGAGACGAAGAUGACGGCAAAGACAGAGGCGGCUCGGUGGCGGUGACGAACGUCCUUCUGUACGACCGUCCGCUGGCCGACGCGGAACUCAAAAAGGUCGACGACAACAACGACGUGCCGGUACAACAUGAAGAUGCCGGUUCCCCUGAUGAAGACGGAAAGGGGAAGAAGGAAGGAGGGCACAAAGGCGACGGCUCCAUGGGCGCGGGUGUGUUUGGGGCGGUCCUGCUGCUGUUGGGGCUAUGGGGCUUUGCGGCUGUAUCCUAA